GGGAAGUGAUGUUUUCCUGCUCACGUUGUAUUUAGCAGCCGUUCGAAUCGGUGUUCGCAGUUUUGAUCAGCAGAGGCAAGCAGAAGAAAGUGAGAAUGUUUACAUCUGAGCGAUGACGGAACGGGAAUAGUCUAUCGGGUCUGUGAGGCGGAGUGGUUUGCAGUUUUCUGGAGCACUAAUAGAAACUACUAAUGGGCAUUCACCUGUCAACUAGUGAGGAUUACCUGCGUGCACAUGGUUUUCAACUCCAGCGGACGGCAACAUAGGAAGUGAUUCGAUGAUUCGAUGUGAAGGUUAAUUAUGAAUUCAAUGUCAGUUGAUGUUACAACACACCACACUGUCGAGCUAUUGCGCGAAUAUUUUUUCGGUGGUUUUGCGAGUGACAAGCAUGUGUUAGUGCGCGUGUGAACACGGCGGCCCGUGUUUUGGCUAGACGGGGAGCGUGUGCCAGAGUUCUAAGCCGGCUGUGGUCUGUUGGCAUUGGCACCAACCAGAGCGGUGUUGCGCUGUGUUUAGAAUCAAGUGCUUUCGAUGUGUGGCGUUGUGCCGUUCCAUCCGUAUUGAUGAUGGGAUAGGGUGAACUUGUGAUAAAUCCAACCUGGCCGGUCGUGUGUUAGUGGUCAUGGAUCCCCAAUCCACUAGUGAGUGUGCGUCUGUCUCGUUUGUGCAGUGAGAGUGAAGGAAAAAAGGCACAAUUAAGAACGAGUGUAAGUGGCCUAAAGACCUAUAUUCGAGUGAAGUUUUGAUUAUUCCCGAAAUUUUAGUGUAAAUAAGACCCGAUUUGGCGCGAUUUCAACUCAGGAUGAUAGUAAAAGUGGCGUAGAGCGUUCAAAGUUCAUCGUUUGAUAAUGAACUGCAAACCAGGGCCAGCAGGAGCGAUAAAUUCAGUCAUUCUGGAAUAAGUUGGUUUUUUUGCAACAUUUUUGCAGGUUUCGAAUUAGAAGAAAUACAAACACAGCAUUGUAAGCGCUUCUCUUCAAAAGUGUAGGGUAACAAAGUGCGUGUGUGUGUCAGUGCUCGUGUAAGCGAAGAAUAUCACCAGUAAGAAUGAAAUUUGCGAUUAUUGCGAAUUUAUAGGAUUAUUGCAGUUGUGUGUGUUAUUCGCAAAUUGUGCUUCCUGCUGCACCGUAACCUCCAGUUUCCCCAUAGGACCCCGUUGCUGUACGAUAGAUUUUUGGCAGCAUUCGAGAAGUGUUCUAAGCUUCGGUCCCAUUGAUUGCAGUUUUUCAUUGCUCAAUUGCGAAACCAUGGCAUUUCCGAUGGAGGCGCCACCUCCAGUACGGUUGCCGUUUCAAUUGUGGCUGUAUUAGUGCAUAUAUGCAACUGCGAUGGACCAAAUGCGGUACAACCAUGAACCGGCAGCAGUCGUAUGACAUCAAGUUACUUUCACCCCCGCCCCAUCCAACGGUUCAACCCGGAACAGAAGUAAAUCCAAUCGCCCCCCACCCGCUCUGCCUACUCAAUGCGUCGCAUUCAGCUGGAGCAGCAGUUUCACAUUGCACUGUUGCUGGUGUAAAAUUUUCCGAGCUAUUUUCGGUCCAUGUGCUCCGCUCGUUUGCACUUGUGCUCUUUCUUCGACCUUGAACUAUAUACUUGCAUCCUGUGUAUCUCGUUGUGUUUGCAGCUGCAGCUGCGUGUACAUCUUCCUGUUGCAUCCAGGGAAAUUCGGUCGUAGCAGAAGAACCGCAGCAGCGCACUCAAUUUCGGAAGCGACCUGCAUGUGUGUGGUAGUGUAUGUGUAAACCAGUUAGUGUCCUCACUGCAAUCUGGACGAUCUUGGAAUGCGUUCCUACUGGCGGUGGCCAGCUUUUGAGAAUCUCAUUGUCAUUCAGUCAAGUGUUACCUGAAGCGAAGCUGGGCUAUUGUAAAAAGUGUCUCGCGUGCUCGAAUCGUUAGUACAAAGAUACAAAGUGUUCAACAUCCCGAUAUCGUAGAGAACAUCCCAAUCUCCCGCGUGUGUGCCGCAAACAAAGUUCAAGCAGUGUGUGAAACGAAUAAAUUUUAAUCCAAGCUCAUAAGAAUAUAAUAUAGUGAAGUGGAAAAUAAAUUAAACAGGCAGAAAAAAUGCAUGAAGAAGCCUCAUCAACGGCCAGUUCUUCGACGUCAUCAAAGUCCACAAACACAGUCUAUACUACUAUCAAUGGCGUAAAUGGCGGGGACGUUGGAAUUGGUGGGGGUGGGAAUCACUACAACGGAAAUCUCCUGAUAACGACAUCUCCGAUUGACGAUCCGGCACCUUCGUCUCUGUAUGAACUGGUCAAUCAUCAGCCGCAAUCACACCAUCAAGUUCCGCUCCAUAAUCAGCAACUCCAUCAGCAAGUGCUGACAACGUCUCAACCUAUCCACUCUACGAAAAUUAUCAUCACUAAUAGUUCCCUAAUUAGCACCACAACUAGUCCAAUAGGGGUUAGACCUCUUCAACAUCACACUAUGCAGCAGCAUGCCCCGUUGAACUCCUCCGGGAAUGUAAUCGUAACUUCUGGCACAUCCGGAACUGUUUCUACUAGUAGUGCCGCUUCCUCUUCCUCUUCCUCGUCCUCUUCAGGAACAACCACUAUCGUAAUCAACACCGAUGAUGCUACAUUCGAGCUUUCAAGUGUUCUGGAAGCCGAAGCUGGAACAUCCGGUCUUCUGUCGGAUGGUGGUUGUAAUUCGGCAGUAGCCGCCGUAGCAGCUGCUGCCGCUCUCAUCGAUCUGCACCCAUCUUCUUCAUCCAGUAUCGCUUCGCCGGUGCCUUCGACGUCUGCACCCGGAACGGGAGGCGGUGUGCACCUCCAGGAGCUUGGUGUAAUGACAUCGGCUUGCGGUACCACACUGUCUACCAACAACAACAAUGGAUCUUCAGCAUCUUCAUCUGCUUCACCAGAAGGAACCAACAUUCUACUGCAUGAGCCGAUCGAGAUCAAGAUUCCGUCGGAGGGAUCUGUUACCCAGGAAUCCGAUGGUGGCUACCACGACAACAUCUCCCAGACGCAGUCAAACUAUCUAGCGAUCCCCCCGUCAGGUACUACCGCCAUUGAGCCCACUAAUCUUAACAAUCUUAGUGUCGUAUCCGCCAUUCAAUGCGACCAGACUGAUUUUAAAUAUUUCAUUGAAGAACUGUGCCCGGUGUGCGGUGACAAAGUCUCAGGCUACCACUACGGACUGCUGACGUGCGAGUCGUGCAAGGGCUUCUUCAAGCGUACCGUCCAGAACAAGAAGGUGUACACGUGCGUCGCCGAACGGCAAUGUCACAUCGACAAGACCCAGCGCAAACGCUGCCCCUACUGUCGCUUCCAGAAGUGUCUCGAGGUCGGCAUGAAGCUAGAAGCCGUUCGAGCCGAUCGGAUGCGUGGCGGAAGGAACAAGUUUGGUCCCAUGUACAAGAGGGAUCGGGCGCGAAAGCUUCAAAUCAUGCGACAGCGACAGUUGGCACUGCAAGCACUGCGGGGGUCUAUAGGCGGCGGCGUCGGCAUCGGACAGCUCGGUUCGGACGGUGCGUCGUCGCAACUACUGGCUAUCGACUAUCACCAGCCGUACUCCAACAUGCACAUCAAGCAAGAAAUCCAAAUACCGCAGGUGUCUUCGUUGACGUCCUCGCCCGACAGCCCGCCUAGUCCGGUCGCCAUCGCGUUAGGUCAAGUAAACCCGCAGACGACGAUAUCCCUGAGCAGUGGCGUAGGAGGAAACGGUAGCAGCGGUGGAGGUGGUGGCGGUGGCGGUGGCGGCGGUGGUGGAGGUGGCAGUAGUAACAACAGUACCGGUGCGGGCACCGGGGGAUCCCAUUCGACGUCCUCGGCAAUCCAAAAUCAACUUUCCGGCUCUAAGCUCUGGAUGAGCGCCAAUUCGACAACCGCCUCGCCACAUUCGUUAAGUCCGAAAACGUUCAACUUUGACAGCGGAACGAAUCCCACCAGCACAGCAGACUCCGGCAACCCGGCGGAUACGUUAAGGGUAUCACCGAUGAUUCGCGACUUUGUACAAUCGAUUGACGACCGGGAGUGGCAGACGUCGCUGUUCUCAUUGCUGCAGAAUCAAUCCUACAAUCAGUGUGAGGUGGAUCUCUUCGAGCUGAUGUGCAAAGUAUUAGACCAAAAUCUGUUCUCCCAGGUGGACUGGGCGCGGAAUACGAUAUUCUUUAAGGAUUUAAAGGUGGACGACCAAAUGAAGCUACUGCAGAACAGCUGGUCCGACAUGCUGGUGCUGGACCACAUCCACCAGCGGCUGCACAACGGCCUGCCGGACGAAACGACGCUGCACAACGGGCAAAAGUUUGAUCUCUUAGGCUUAGGACUGCUGGGUGUGCCCAACCUGGCCGAGCACUUUAACGAGCUGCAAAACAAACUGCAGGAGCUCAAGUUCGACGUGGGCGAUUAUAUCUGCAUGAAAUUCCUGCUGCUGCUGAAUCCUGAAUCCGUAGAAGUUCGGGGGAUAACCAACCGGAAAACGGUCGUCGAAGGUUAUGAAAAUGUGCAAGCCGCGCUGCUGGACUACACUCUCACCUGCUACCCGUCUGUACCCGACAAGUUUAGUAAGUUGCUCAGUAUUAUACCGGAAAUCCACGCAAUGGCAGCUCGGGGCGAGGAGCAUCUUUACAUCAAACAUUGUGCCGGCAGUGCACCGUCUCAGACACUGCUGAUGGAAAUGUUGCACGCCAAGCGGAAAUGAAGUCUUCGACAUCGAAUCGGUGGGAAAAUCACUCAGUAAGCACCAGCGUCGUUCAAAGAGACCAUCCCUCAACUGUUUAGAUCAACCUUAAAGCUCGAGCGGAAGUGACGUAGAUAAGUGAAAAAAGCAACAACAAAAUAACAAAUGUGUUCUUUUCGUUUCGAAUCCUCACGCAAGUGUGGUGGUAUAUAGCCUUCUUCUUGACGAGCGGCGUAAAUAUUCUUUGCUUACUUGUUAAACUAUUUUUAACUAAUUUAAAUAACUACCGUGCGUCCAUUUUGAGUAAAAGAGGGUAAUACAGUCCAUGGGCGCCAAAUAUUCCCAGCCUCACGCAGACAGACACAGAAGAAAAAUCCGUUCCACAAUAUUUCACGGAGCAGGCAGAUAUACAGAACAGAAUCUGUAUUGCUACCAACUCACCAUUUAUCAAGUACACAGAUACGCAGUUUAAAUACAAUGACGUUACCAUCUCAUCUCAGCGAGUUAAGAUUUAAUUCACAGUGUAAUCGUAGUCAACAGAAGGUCAAGAAAGUCGUUACAAUAGUCAAUCGAAAUCAAUUUUGCCGAUAACUCUAAUUCAGUGUUUGAAACAAUAUACUAUCAAACGAAAUUCAGUUACAAAAAAAAACAUCCAAUCAAAGGAAAGCCCAAAAACGAAUGACAUAUAUAUAACAGAUGCUAAAACAAAGGAUCUAAAACUAAGUGUUCAAUAAGUGUUAAAAAAAACUGUUAACGAACUCUCCUUCAACCAAUAGCUCCUUCUUUCGUGUAAUCAUCAUAAACCUGUUUCUUUUUUCGAAAGCGUUAUUGCAAUAUAUUAAGCAGAGGCAACACAAAAAUAAACAAACACAAUGUAACCGCCACAUUCAUGUCAUCCAAUUAUUUUUGUGCGCUCAAAGUCUCAUACUAUUCAGCCAGUCAGUAGCAUGAGAACACGGUGACUAAAGUGGCAUGUCCCUUUAUACAUCAAAACCACAUUUCAAAACAGGUGGCGAUGAAGAGCACUUUUAUUCCUCUUUGUCCUACACUUACUCUACGUAACCAAAAAGGCACUUAAACAGCAAAUAAUAUCCUAUGCAAACCAACAAAAGAAAACAAUAUUACCAAUAAUCGAACAUUGGACGAACACAAUAGCAUAACAAAGUCAAAUCGAAGUUGUUGAACAUGUUCUUCCUAUUUGUUGAAGCUAUAAGCACAGGAAACAGAAAUCUCAUCAAAUUAAAGAAGGAAAUAAAAGUGCGAACAAAUAAGCGCAGGUUAUACUAAAGCUGUGUAUUACAUCACUGUUACCGUUUAUAGUACAAACGCGAACACCAACUGUCACACACGCUUGCCUGCUAAGAGCAGGCGAACGUUUGCGCGUUUUCAAAUUUUAUCGAACAACAAACAAUCAACUAUUCGAGCUGCAAAAAGUCAGCCACGUCGCCACAGUGGAAGCAGUAAAGUCCGUAGAAGUCACCAUUUCACCUAAAGGAAACAAACAAACAAAACAAUUAACUGUCAUAAGAGCAGCAACAUCACAGUAACUAACCCGUAGGCGUAGUUGUGCCACAAGUUUAAGCCAUCAGAAGAAGCGUUUCGAAUCAGUUGUUGGUCAGAAUUCCUGGAUAUGGUGCAGACAGUGUAGGUUUUCUCCUCUUUCCUGUUUCUAGCGCUAGCUAUCUCCGGUUUCUAAUCUAGUCUUUCCUAUAACAUUUUAUUUUCACUAUUCUUCUUCAUCUUUUCACACAAGUUGCAGUAUACAUACUACGAAAAUCGUUCAUUUUGCAUUUAAACUUGAAAGUUUUUCUCCAUCUUUUUUGCUUCAAAAUAAUUUUAAACCUAUUAAUCAAUCAAUUGUACUUUGAUGCCCAACAUAAAAUACGGAAAGUUUCAGACAAAACUUAUACAAACCAGCAUCAAUUAGCAACUUACUUCUCAAUUAUUUGAAUAAAACAAAGUGUUGUUUAAAUUCUCGCAGUUUGAUUACCUAACACUUGAAACAGGUCCUGCAAUCUGCUGAUAAAUUUACGUCUUCUAGACUAUUUUGAAUGUUGCUGAAAAAUUUGUUUUUUUCAAUUUUCAGCAGCUCACAGUUUACUUUUCCCAUUUUGAAUUCUACUCUAUACUUUCUUUAUUCUGUUCUAUACUUCUAUUCUUAAAACAUUUACACACUCUUUACUUUAGCUAGUUUUCUCUAUCACCUUCAACUCUUCUCUUUCGCUCUUUUUAUGUACUGAGAAAGUUAUCUACUUACUGAACGCAAACAGGAGCCUUCUUUCGAUCAUAAGCAGACAUCAUUACUGCAUAGCUUUGGUGAAAAUGCACGAGCCCCGAGUCUUUUCUCAGGCCGCUAGAAUCACCCUCACCGGAAAGCUUCCCAGCGCAUCUAGUAUCAAACUCUGUACAUAAAAGAAGAAGAAAAUGAAACAGUCAAUGCAACUGAAAACAAAAUUCACCUGGACUUUGUGCGAGUGAAUAUCUCUAGCCGAUAAGUGAAACCAAACCAAAAAACAAGCGAUACGGUAACGUACGGUGUGCUCCAGCCCCGGAUGUUGCGCAUUUACCAAGCUCUAGCGCGAAGCAGUCCUGUGUUUGUGGUUGAAGUUUAACCUCUUGCCCGCUUUCUAAUCUUUCACGAUUCGAGAGAGUUGGCUCAUGUGUGAAGAUUGCCAACCGCCUUCCGGACUGCUUUAAUAGAGCAUGGUGCAACCUCGAGGCCGAACACGUGCGUUUAGGAUUAAGUUGAAAGCCACUAGUAGCGCAUCCGGUUGAAGAUAUCCGGUGUUAGGUGGUUCGGCUGGUAUUUGGGGCUUUGGUAUUUUUCUAACCUGCUGGAGUACUGAACUCGCAAUCGACUGGGAGCAUUGUCGUGUUUGUGUUUCGGUAAAGAAGUUGAUAAUAAUAAUCUUCGAUCAUCGAUCACACUGGAGGCAGUCAUUCCCUCACCAAAUAUAAAUACAAAAUAUACAUUUAAAAAUAUUGAACAAUUAAAUGUGAUGCUAAAAACAAAAACAAAAAAGAAAUGGUAUCGAAUGUGUUCUAAUGGAAAACAAAAUCCAAAAAAGAAGUAAGGAGGUUGAGUAGUGAAGAAAAUGAGAGUAUAUUUAAAUUAAAAUAUGGGCCGUCAAACGCUUGCAGCGUAUUCUAAAUGAAAGUAUUAACAAGAAAUAGUUUUAUUUUUUAUUGAAUAAGAGAUGGAAGGCCGACUUCAGGGUAGUGGAACUUCCGAAUAAUUCGUACUUGUAAAUAGUCUGUGUAGGAGUAGCUCAAAUCACUUUUAGCCGAUCGGAGAUGGAAGCAAACAAACAAACAAAAAAAGUACACUGAUUACGGAGAAUACAUACCUGCAACCAAAUAGUUAGCGAAUGCCCAGCAGAACACUCUGUCACACUUACACACCUUCAGAGUAAGAGGAUAUAUUUUUCGAUGCCACUUUUAUUCAUAGUCAAGUUGAAGAACUAGAGCAAUCCAGGUCUACAGUUAGUGGGAACUUUAAAGAGAUUUGUUCAUCUCUGCAACAACCGUGCCCUGCCAGUUCUUCAGAAAAGAAAGAGUCGGGUAAUCAAAUCGAGCGAGUCGUUUGAUGGUAGAAGCGAAAGAGGAAAUCAGCUACGCAGCUAGAUGAAAACAAUUCAAUGCCUUUUGAAAAGUACAAAAAAAAACUAGAGACACUGAAAGCGAUUAAACAAACAAUACACUGACACCCACACGAAUAGAGAAUUUUUUAUCGACAAAGACACGUGCGCGCGCGUAAGAGCGAUGUAGGACUCUCAAAUGAGUAACACGGUAGAAUUAGAAGAUGAAAUAGAAGCUGUAAAUAUUAUUUAGAAGGCAAACCACUUGUACUGUCACUUCCUAACCGAUGAGAGAUGAUCGAAGAUACUUCGCGGCCAGCAAUAAUUCUGACCAACGGUGAGACGUGAAGGCAAACGCUUAACUAUAAUUGUCAGCACCUUGUUCCAACGCUCUGUGCAGGGACGCUUGAUUAUAAUUUUCGGCGGGAUUUAAAUGGGCAUCACGCAGAGGCCGUGUGUUAGAGGUUAGAAAAACGAGACGUUACAAGUGAGAAAGGGUAUUCGAAAGGGAAAAGUAACCAGAAGCUGUGAAAGAAUAUUGUUCUUAAUAGAAACACCGGUAAGGGAGAAAUACACUAGCUGUAGAUUGUUCGUUUUUUAGUAGUUAGAGAUUUAAAUAAUUUUAACAAAUGUUCAAAUGUGUCGAGUAAAGAGCGCAGAACAGCUAGCGAAGGGGACAACGAUGUUCAAGGCGUGUGAUCACAUCUGAUAGAGACACGAUUCGAAAUCGUCGGUAAUUAUCGCUAAGAUUCUCACAAGAGGAAAGAUGUACUGCCAGAAAUCAUAUGUGUCCCACCGAGAAAGACAGCGUCGAGGAAUGGCAAACAAUAAUCGUGACGAAGUUUCGCUCUACUAGAAGCAGACAUUCCAAAACGAGGCAGAUUUUUAACUACAAGCACCACUGUAGCAAAGGCUGCAUCGAAAACAACACACUGAAAUGUGGAAAUAUUAAGCGAAAUAAUUUGCCACAGUGAUAUAGGUUUAAUGAAGCAAAACACACUUAAUUUAUGAAGUAUUGAUCCAUUGUCUGUAGAAGCUUAGAAAGCAACGGCAACAAAAAUAACAUAAUCGAGUGGUUACGCAGAUUACGUUUAGAUAGUGCAAGCUAAUUUUGUCAAAAAAGUACCAAAAAACAACAAAAAAAAGAAGAUUUAAUGAGGUGAAGGUAUUAGAAUUUUGUUUUACUUUUUCGGCUUGAAAUUUUCUCGUCCAUGCCACACGAGAAUGGUUUCGAACGAACAAGGUGCUGUUUGAUUUAUACCAUACCCACUAUAAAAGAGAGGCGUUCCUGUGUAUUAUCACCAUUUGCCAUCCACAGCGCCAACUACGAGCGGGCAUGUAACGCCCCGCGCAUGCAACACACCCAACCAUAAGUGGUGUGAAUCUUCGCUAACCGAUAGUCGUUACGCCCAGUCAUGCCUCAUGCAAUGCCAUAAUUUUCAGCCCAUAAUCAUACUUAGUGCGUCUUAGACACGCAAAAAAAUCGCUACUGGUUUCCAAAAUUGACCUACAAAAUGCACACUCACAGUAAGAAAUAUGAAACAUCACCCUUACAAAACAAACUUUAAAGAGAGAGAGAGAGAAAAAAAACAGCAAAUAUUCAUGAUAUUAAGAAAAUAAAAAUGAAAUCAAAAAAAUGGGGUACCUUACCUAAAUGUGUUUUCAAAACUUUUUACCAUUUAAGUUGUUCGUCUAAGUGAUAAUUGAGUGUUUAAUUUAACAUGUACACCGAAGGUGUACAUAAGAAGCUAAAGUUUAAUCCGUUUAGUUUUGUCCGAAUGAUAAAAAAAAACAAACGCAAAAGCAAAACAACAGUAAUCAACGUUCGCUUAGGAUAUUACUUAAUUUUUUAAUCGAGAAAAAAAGGCAGGAAGGAGAAAAGUGUAAAAACUAUACCAUUUAAAGAAAAAGUAACCGUAGCUUUAGGUUUUUCCCUGGCAAAAUGAAGAGAAGUAAAAGAAAACCUUAAACAUCGUGUAAUACUAGUAAGUCGAAACGAACCGGAUGACAAACAGAAGAGAGAAAAAAAACAUAAGGCAGAGCUAAGCAGCAACAAAACAACGGUUCAAUAAAUUUACCAGCAUACUUUCAAAAAGUAUCAUUAGACUAUAAGUGCGAAAGUGUAUGGAACUCGAUGUUACAAAAUGCAAAUACGAAGCAAGCAAACUAAAGAAAAAUGUGAAACAAGCUCUUUAAACAAACAAGUAUAAAACAAGCACACACACACCCGCCGGGUAACGUUGCGGGACCGCGCGCGCGAUCAAAUCGGGCGGCGAAGUCGAUGUUGAGCAGUUGUAGGCUAUCUUUUUCUUCUUAUUUUGUUUCUGAGAGAUUUAAGCAACUUUUUAACGGCAAACUGUUGUGGCUACACAUCUGUGUGCACCAUUGGUAAGAGCAAACCACAGAAGCAAACAGGCAAAAUAAAUAUAUGAGAGCAUAGAGAGUUUAUGGAUAGAAAGAAAAAAAUGUUAUUAAUGUACAUUAUUUUUAUACUGGCUAAGUUGUAAUAAGUGAUAAGUUCUUUUUUUCCUAGCAGUUAACAAAGAGAAAUAUGUGUUGAAAAAUUAAGAGAAAAUAAAAUCACAAAAUUCGGCAACAACAAAACGUAGAUUCAUGAUCGUAGUCUAUACAAAAAAAAAACAAA